AAUGAUACCAAAAUUGUGGAACAAAUAUGGAACUAAGAUCUAUGACCAAUUUACUAGAGACAUACUUUAAUAAGAUUAAGACUAAAGAAAAAUAUGUAGAAGCCAAAUGAGAUCCAACAACCUAAAAGAGAGAGAGACAAUCCAGAUAGACAUAGAAGUUUUCUACCUUUGUUCUUUUCCAGUUGAGCCAAAUUAUCAAUAUUUCUUGAGAACCAUGUGGUCUACCCCAUUAGACAAGACUUAAGAUAGAAGACAGCAAAAUUUCUUUACCAAGGAGAAAAGACUAGACUAUUUCAGAAUUCCCAACAUUCUCUUCUAAGAAAUAAGAUUCCUUUUUCAGAAUGAUUUCUUUACUUCCAGAUUGACUUGAUACCCCAGAUCAACAAUUCAGACUCAGACUAAUCUUUCUAAGAUCCCUUUUCCUUAUAAUUUACAGACCUACAUAUUACGAAGAUUAAAUAUUGUGGACCAAUCUC